UUAAUAGAUACUCACGCAAGAACUGUGAAUAUGAGCGAAUUAUCAACAAACUUUUCCAAAGAAAUUUCUGCUAUUAAACUGUACCUGAGGGAUAAUUCCACCCGAAUUCAAGAUUUAUGGCUUGAAUUAAGUCAAAAUUUCUCCCUUAAAUGGACUGCUCUUCACGCAAACAUUCAACGCAAUGAGUUACAGAUUGCUGAACUUAUGAGACGUAUGGAAAAUAUAACAUUGCGCAUCGCUUUGAUGGAAAAUAAUUGGGAAAAGAACAAUAUUAAAAUUAAAGACUGUCAAGGCCUUAUUCACAACAUCGAAAGUAAUGUUACAGAUUUAAACACCAAUUCUGAGAUUUUGAAACAAUCCAUUAGCACCAUUUGCAACCAUUUUAUUCAAAAUAAUAAGUUACAUGAUGAUGGUGAGGAAUACAAACAAAAUACAACAGCGAUAAGAAUAAAAAACUAAUGUCCUAGUGUAGUACACUUCCAUUCAAAAAUAUUUACAUCAAUAAAAGGAUUAUUAA